AUGAAUUCCGAAAAUCCCCAAAAUCAGCUAAAUAACAACCCAUUACUGUUCUCAUCUUCCGCGGAGGAACCGCCGCCGGAGACGGCGAAGAAGAUGAAGAGGAGCCGGGGUUCCGGCCACAACUCCUCCACGAAGCACCCAGUGUACCGGGGCGUCCGGAUGCGGAGUUGGGGCAAAUGGGUCUCCGAAAUCCGGGAGCCUCGCAAGAAGUCGCGAAUCUGGCUGGGGACAUUCCCGACGCCCGAGAUGGCGGCGCGUGCACACGACGUCGCCGCCCUCAGCAUCAAGGGCGCGUCCGCGACCCUCAAUUUCCCGGAGAUUGCGUCGGCCCUGCCCCGCCCGGCCUCCCUCUGCCCCCGCGACGUUCAGGCGGCGGCCGCCAAGGCGGCGGCGAUGGAGGGGUUGGGAUCCGCUGGCCCCACCUCACGGCCGUCGAGCGCGUCGCUGUCCUCGUCGUCAUCGAUGACGUCAGCAUCGGAGGAGCUGAGCGAGAUCGUGGAAUUGCCGAGUCUGGGACCCUGUUUUGACUCGCUGGAGUUUAGGAACGAUUUCGUAUGCUUUGAUAAUACGGCGGCGGUGGAGGGGUGGUUGGACCCGCCGGACGACGGAGGGAUCGCCAGUUGCUUCGAGACGCUGUUGGGGAAUUACUGA